GAGCGCAACCCCCAGUGGACGCGUCCUGACCAGCCAUGGCACCGAAGCGGCGCCGAGAAGCUGAGAAGGCGGAGGAGGAGAAAGGUGGGGGAGCGAUGACCCGGUGGGGUUCGUGGGCCUUCCAGGGAGGGAAGGGCGGCUCCCCCAUCUCCGUCAGGGGCGGGCGCGCGCCGACGGGGCGGCUCAUCAAGCUGCUCCGUGAGCGCUACGCCAAGCAUGUGUUCAUCAUCGAUGAAUACAAGACCUCCAAGACCUGCUACAACUGCGGGUGUCAGGAGAUGGCCAUCAAGCGGCUUGGGGGGCUGAAGGAGGGGCAGCGGCCCUGGUCGGUCAAAGUCUGCAACGACUGCUUGACGACCUGGAACCGCGACGUCUCCGCCGCCAACGUGAUCCGUGUGCUCCUCCUGCUGAAGCUGAUGGGCUUCGAGCGGCCGAUCAAGCUGCAGCGGCCGCCAUGGCCGCCGGCGGCGGCGGGGCCGGGCUGAGAGCCUGAACGGCGCUAGCAGGGCGUGGGGCUGAGGGUGCACGUGUCGAUUGGCGGCGAGUGACGUGACUAGUUUAUUAGCUGCGGGUUAGCACGGACUGUGCACCCCACCCAACCGGCCACGUCCGGAUUUGCGGGGAUGCCAAAGGCCCCCAACAUAGAGGCGUGUGCUUAGUAGGCGCCCGCGUCAAGGUGGCUGGGUUGAUAAUGACCCGGGAUCAGCCCUUUUCCUGCCAUAAGGCAGCCACCUCCUUGUUAAGGUUAGAGUGAGCCGUGCUUGGCUACCGUGCUAAGGCGUCGGUUGGUCUGGGGCAAGCCCGGUCCACAACCGUUCGAGUUGGGUGCCGGGUCCCAGGACUGGAUUAUAGCGGGUGUCCGGGUAUGACACAUUAAGCGCCAACCGCCCAGCCGAGGAGGAGGCACCGAGCGGGAGGACAGUGCAUGGUCAAGGACGUGUUGGUAUGGAGCAGGGGCUCACUGAAUGCUGCGAAGGGCGGUCCGACGGCAGCCACGCGGUCGCAGCGCAGCCGGAUGACGCAGCUUUGACAGUGGCACGCUGAGGUGCGGGGCGGUGGCUCACAAAGCAGGACCAUGCACCGAACCCCAAACCAUGUUUGGCUUGUCCGGGCGGCUAAGCGGCUUCCUCACCCAGGCAACAGGCGGCUGAGCAUUGUAGGCAGGGAAGUCACACAUCAGUGAGCGCCGUAUCAGUUCCCAAUUGGUCAGGCAAGGCCCGUGGGCCACGAGCCCGAGCCAUGUUGGCCACGAAAGAACUCACAGCCAGCGGGCAAAGCAUCCACGCAACCAGCACUGCAUUGCGUGUAACAGUACUGUUGCUGUGUAGGCAGUGUAGCGUGGAAUCCCAGGUGUUUGUCGCGAAGUGGGGGGAGGGGCGAUGAAGGGGUGACUGUGAGUGGCGAAGCGGUGGCGAUGAAGGGCAGUGCGCGCAAGGGCAUUCCACUUCCAGACAAGCGCCCGCGCGUGCAAUAUAGCAUUAGCAGGCUUCAGGUGGGCGCACUGUGGACGACCCCGGGGGACCGCAACACGUGCUUGGGGAACAGAAUACGCGAGGGCAUCGGCACGGUUUGCCCAAUGGGAG